AGAUAAGUCUUCACGCCAAACCAGAAACCCUAGCUAGUCUUCUCUCCCUUCCAUUCCAUGAUGUCGCUGCUGCAUUGCGCCGCCAUUGCCCUGCUUCCUUCUCCUUCAUUGCGAACACUAUCUUCUCCAUCUCCAUUUCCUUUGCCUUCUGAAUCGUCUCGCCUGUCUAGAUCUAGCCCCUGAAGCCAAUCCCUUUCUCCAUUACGAGCUAGAGGUCAGGAUGUUGCAUUCGUUGCUUCUGAACAACAGCCUUUGUUUAAAAGACUCUGCUUUGGCCUUUGGACUCGAUCGCCGCCGUCCUUUUGAUGCUGAUACUCAUCGGAGGAUGAAUGAUUUGGAAAACGAACCUGAUUUUGAGAAUAUGAUGGAUUUGGCAACAGUAUUAGUGUUAACGGUGAGAAUUAAGUGAGUGGCUUAGUCUUCAUGGCAGCAUUUAGCAUAGAGAACAUGGUACUCACUGCAGUAUGCUUAUGCAUGGUAUGGGCAAAGUUCAUCUUGUUCAGAAGCUCUUGUGACUGACUGAGUAGUUGUUUUAUUAUACAUGGAGUGGAAGAUGGAGAUCUCCAGAGGCUGCUGUAGUUCCAAAUCAUCAUCUUCCAAUGCGUAGUCUUGAAGUCAAAAACAGGACUUCAGUCGAUGACAUUAGGAGUCUCAGAUUAAUCACAGCCAUCAAGACCCCAUAUUUGCCGGAUGGGAGAUUCGACCUUGAAGCUUAUGACUACCUAGUGCGCAUGCAGAUUGUUAGUGGAGCAAAGGGCGUGAUAGUGGGAGGCACAACUGGUGAAGGACACCUCAUGAGCUGGGAUGAGCACAUCAUGCUCAUUGGCCAUACUGUCAAUUGUUUCGGAAGCUCAAUCAAAGUGAUAGGGAAUACCGGGAGCAAUUCAACAAGGGAGGCGAUCCAUGCGAGCGAGCAGGGUUUUGCUGUUGGCAUGCAUGCAGCCCUCCAUAUCAAUCCUUAUUAUGGAAAAACCUCCAUGCCAGGGAUGUUGUCACAUUUUGAGACUGUUCUUUCCAUGGGUCCAACUAUCAUUUAUAACGUGCCAUCAAGAACUGGACAAGAUAUCCCUCCAGCAGUCAUUCAUGCAGUCUCGCAGAACCCUAACAUGGCAGGUGUCAAGGAGUGUGCGGGCAACGAUCGUAUCAAAGGCUAUGCGGAUGAGGGCAUUGUGACAUGGAGCGGCAACGAUGAUGAGUGCCAUGAUGCUAGGUGGAUGUAUGGGGCUACCGGAGUUAUAUCUGUUGCCAGCAACCUAGUUCCUAGUCUGAUGCAUUCUCUCAUGUUUGACUCUGAGAAUUCCUCACUGAACUCCAAUAUAAUGCCUCUAAUCAAAUGGCUGUUUCACGAACCGAACCCUAUAGCUCUCAACACUGCUUUGGCUCAGUUGGGAGUGGUGAGGCCUGUUUUCAGGCUACCGUAUGUCCCUCUUCCACUUGCAAAGAGGAUGGAAUUUGUUCGAAUUGUGCAAGACAUCGGGCGGGAAAAUUUCAUUGGGGAGAAGGAUGUACAGGUUCUUGAAGACGAUGAUUUUGUUUUGGUCGAUCGGUAUUAGUCUUGGCUGAACUAUUUUGAGGCUGUGUUUGAAGCAUUAAGCUAGUGUAGGUUCCCAUGGAAGCCUAUUAUGUCUGUUUCUUGUGAGUUUGGGAUAAUAUAGGUGCAGGUUCAUCAUAUGCUUAUAUAAUGGCCAAUAAUUUAGCUGUUUUGUUUCAA